GCCUGACAUUACUUCCAGACGCGAGAAGACCACACUCAUAUCCUUCAUCCACAUUCCUCGUUCACAAAUCUAUUUUUGUUGAAAAAGUAAAUUUUUUUUAAAUUGCCCAGCAAUUGCAAAACCCGCCAUUUUUGUCUCGCUUUGAUUGAUUGCCCUGACCCCUUCUCCUGACACAAUAGCAACGUGUGUCUAACUUUCGGCAGUAAUUUCUUCUUUUUUUUUCCUUUUCUUUUUUUUUUUCUCUUUCAUUACACACAUUCUUUCAUUUCAUUCUCAUCCAUCAGAAAUCCUUUCACCAUGCGCUUCACUUCCGCCAUCGUUUCCGUCGCUGCUUUGCUUGCCCUGUCCUCCUCUGUCAAGGCUCAGGAUGCUGCUUGCUCUGCUGUCCUGAAUGACUAUGCUCCUACCGGCAGCGGUGCUUACUCAAAAUGUUACACCGAACAGGUUUACAACGCUGCCCUUGUGGCCCAAGGCGGCAAUCCCGAUUACUCGGAUAUUAUUCACCAGGUUUGCACCAAACCCGCAUGCCCACGUUCGACCCUUUUGACUGCCACCACAAAGUACCUCGCUGCCUGCGGUUCUUCUAUUGAUGCUGAGGCAUCCUCUAGCGGUGGCAACAUUCUUCAGCUUGGCAAGAACGCCUUGGAGGUCUUCUUUGCGGCUCCUAUCCAUGAAGGCUAUUGUGCGGAGGAUCCUAAUGCACCUGUUCCAAGCCCCACGGUGCCCCCAACCCCUCCACCAAUCACCUACUGCUUGGAGGCCCCUGUGAACAACCCCGCUUCUCGCUUCGUCUCCAACUUGGCCAUCUACUUGACCUCGGGUUCGAUUCGCUCCUCUCAGGCCCCAUUCUUCUUGGCAAACAACCUUGAUCCCAAGGAUGUGUGCUCGCCUUGCUCCAGGAUCGCCAUGACAUCUACCAUUGAUCAUUUGGCCAAGAACAAGAUGCCUGCUAUCGCAUCUUUCUACACACCCGAGUUUGUGCAGUACUGGACCAAGCUUGUUCCUGCCUACAACACUCUCUGCAAGACCACAUAUGCGCAGGCCUGGCCAGAGGGUACUUUGAAUACGACUGUUCCCAAUGUGCCCACUGGCACACCCAGUGCUCCCACCACAGCCUUGCCAUCUGCCCCAGUCUCAGCCAGCCCUACGGCCUCACCUAGCAACAAGCCCGAUAGCGCUGCUGGUAGCAUGAAGCCCGCUGCUGGUGCUGCUGUUGCAGUGGUGAUGGCUAUUGCAGCCUUGCUUUAAGGCUGACACAAGAUGACAUCGUUUUCCCCUUUGCAUGAGAUAAUCGAUUUUGAUCCUCUUGAUUUGAGUUAUUUUUACCACGUUUCUACAAAGAGAAAGAAAAAAUUAUUCCCGCGGUGGGCAGCUGACUGAAAGAAAUUACUCCUAUUUCAUUCACUGCA